AUGCAAAACUCAAUAGACCCUGGAUAUGCCAAUUAUCAAGGCCUUCUUUUGGCCUCAUGGUUCGGACCGCUUAUUCUAUGCCUUGGAAUAAUACCAACAGCAGAUGCCUUCGUCUCAUCACCUGCUUCCUCCACACUUCAUCUAUUAUCCUCCGCCUCAUCCGCCACAAUUGAUAAUUUUCCGCUUCGAGAACAACCGUUUAGACGGCGUACUCAGUAUUGCACACUGCGACAGUCUGUCGCAGACGAUAAUGAAGAUGUCUCGAAUGACGCUGUCCUAAAAGAAGAGCAAGCGGUGUCAUCAGAACUCCCAUCACAGGCAUCGGGCUUUUGGACUGGGCCAGAAUCUGCAAGGCCCCUUCACGACUCGACGUACACCCAAAUAUUAAGUACAGUCCUUCCGGAGCUUGGAGCGCAGCUACGACAAGAAUACGAUGAUCACUUUGCGGACCCAAGACAGCCUGAUGCCGCCCGUUUUGCCUGGGAUCCAUGGUUUGUCUCUGUGGGAGAUACUGGAAAUAGGCUCGAAGCAGCAGAAGAAAAAGAGGAAGAAGGGGAGGGUGUUGAUUCCGAUGAGGAAAAAUUGCUGUUGGUGCCCGGAGAAGUCGAUGCAGGCAAGAAGCAAACUCAAUAUUCCUUGAAACGCAUUCAGACAUCCCAAUUCUUUUCUUCCGAUUCCUACGACCUUCUCGUCGACGAGCUAAUGGUAGUCGGUCGAUCCGUUGGCUUGCAUGCAAUAACACCUCCAUGGACUUCCAUGUACACGGACGGUGAUCAACAGAACUGGCACACGGAUGCUCCGCACGGACCACUUGCCUUUGUUUUGUCAGUUUGCGCCGACGAAGGAGACUUUGAAGGCGGCGAAACCAUGCUGUUGCAGCCACAAAUACUCGAUUUUUGGAAGGGAUUCGACUCAUCCAAUGGGUUGGAAUGUGGAAAUAUUGUACGACACAUUCCUCCAUUUCCGUUGGGACGAUGCAUCGCAUUUGAUCCUCGAGUCCCUCAUGGAGUCAAUCGAGUGACUGGGAAUGGACCAAAUCCCAAACGGGCCCGAGUGGUUGUUCAUGGCUGGUUCAAUGAGCCACAAACAACUUGGUUUGGAGCCUGGAAUGACAAUGUGGAUGACAGUAGUGAUGCAGAAGACGAGGAAAUCCCAGAAGAUGCCGCAAUCUUGCUCGAUCAAGUCCUUCAGCCCCUAGUCUCGACACUAGCAUCCGGAGAAAUUGGACGUGUGGUCGGGUACUUGGCAGUGCGAAUGGACGUGACACCCGAGGGUUCCGUGGAAGAUGUCAGUGCGGUCUGUGAUACCCUCCGAGCGGAUCCAGAGGACUUCCGUGGAGUCAUUGGAUACGAUGAAGCCGACCGACCAGUCAUGGAAGAUGCCGUUGCGGAUGUUCGGCUUUCCAUCUUUGAAACCUUGAAAGAUCUGUACUUUGGACCAGCGAAAGGUGAACGAGCAGUGAUUGUUCCUUUUGAUUUUGAAUAA